UUCAGAAGACAUCCUUUGUGGUGCCAUAGCACAUGGAUUUCAGAACCACCUGUGAGGAGACAAAGACAGGGACUUGUUUGCUGCAGGAUGGUAAUCAGGAGCCUUUCAAAGUCCGGCUGCACCUAGCCAAAGACAUUUUGAUGAUCCAGGAGCAGGAUGUGAUAUGUGUGUCUGGUGAGCCUUUCUAUUCCGGUGAAAGAACGGUGACCAUCAGAAGACAAGCAGUGGGAGGAUUUGGAUUAAGCAUAAAGGGAGGAGCGGAACAUAACAUUCCAGUUGUUGUUUCAAAAAUCUCCAAGGAGCAAAGAGCGGAACUUUCAGGACUACUCUUUAUCGGGGAUGCAAUUCUACAGAUAAAUGGAAUUAAUGUGAGAAAAUGUAGACAUGAAGAAGUGGUCCAAGUUCUUCGGAAUGCUGGAGAAGAAGUGACCCUAACAGUGUCAUUUUUAAAAAGAGCACCUGCUUUCCUCAAACUCCCAUUGAAUGAAGAUUGUGCAUGUGCUCCGAGUGACCAGAGCAGCGGCACUUCCUCUCCUCUCUGUGACAGUGGCUUGCAUCUCAACUACCACCCCAACAAUACAGACACAUUAUCAUGUUCCUCGUGGCCAACAUCUCCAGGCUUGAGGUGGGAAAAGCGGUGGUGCGAUCUCAGACUCAUCCCUCUGCUUCAUUCUCGCUUCUCUCAGUAUGUGCCCGGGACGGAUCUGAGCCGGCAGAAUGCCUUUCAAGUCAUUGCUGUGGACGGAGUCUGCAGUGGCAUUAUCCAGUGCCUCUCUGCUGAAGACUGCAUGGACUGGCUACAAGCAAUAGCAACUAAUAUUUCAAAUCUCACAAAGCACAAUAUUAAAAAAAUCAACAGAAACUUUCCUGUAAACCAGCAGAUCGUCUACAUGGGCUGGUGUGAAGCCCGGGAGCAGGACCCGCUGCAGGACCGCGUGUACUCACCGACCUUCCUCGCUCUGCGGGGCUCCUGUCUUUACAAGUUUCUGGCACCUCCAGUGACCACCUGGGACUGGACCAGAGCAGAGAAAACAUUCUCGGUUUAUGAGAUCAUGUGCAAGAUUCUCAAGGACAGUGACCUGCUGGACCGGCGGAGACAUUGUUUCACCGUGCAGUCCGAGUCGGGGGAGGACCUCUACUUCUCCGUGGAGCUGGACUGUGACCUCGCCCAGUGGGAAAGAGCCUUCCAAACAGCGACCUUUCUUGAAGUGGAGCGGAUACAGUGCAAGACCUAUGCGUGUGUGCUGGAGAGUCAUCUAAUGGGACUCACGAUUGACUUCAGCACGGGAUUCAUCUGUUUUGAUGCUGCGACAAAGGCUGUACUUUGGAGGUAUAAGUUUUCUCAGCUUAAAGGCUCUUCAGAUGAUGGCAAGAGCAAAAUCAAAUUUUUGUUUCAGAAUCCAGAUACUAAACAGAUUGAAGCAAAGGAAUUGGAAUUUUCAAAUUUAUUUGCUGUUCUUCACUGCAUUCAUUCAUUCUUUGCUGCCAAAGUGGCUUGUUUGGACCCUCUGUUUUUAGGCAAUCAGGCUACAGCUUCUGCAGCUACAGGCUCUGCUGCUACUAUGAGCAAAGCAAAGUACACAACUUGACAUACGGAGCUCCGCAUUGUGCACCGUGACUGUGUAAACAGAAUAUAUUUCUCAUUUUAGACCCUGGGGAACCACGAUAUUACCAAGUCAACAGUGGAGUCAGAUUAAAGUUUCAGCAGAAAAAAGAAGGUCGUGUGACACCUCAAAACACUUCUCUUCUGCAAGGCAUCUGUGAAUCAUCCUAAACGAACAGAACAGCUUGUUCUCACUCGAUUGCUUUGUGCCAGCACGUACCCUGCUUGUCCCCAAAGUGGAGACAAAGAAUGAAAGACGUGAAGUAUGUAAAUAAUAUAAAAAUUGUAAGCUACCUAUAAAUAAAAAUGCCUAUUAAAUGGUUACUUCUGUAUUUUAGAUUAUUUUGUAUGACAGAUACAUGCUGGGCAGGACCAUGAGCUAUUGCCCUAUCAUUGUACUAUGAGGGACGUAGGAGAGGCAAGAAAGCCCCACACGGCAGCCAGGCGCAUGCAAAGCACUCGUCAAAGAAGAAUGCACUUUAAUGUGCUGCUGUAAACUUCUCCUUGUAUUCUCAUCCCGUGACUUGACACUGGCACUCCAAUUUUGUUAUCUCGUUGUAAAAUAUCCUGAAAAGCUUCAGAGGAUAGUUAUGUGGAGCUAUGGUAGACACACGGUGAAAUGGACUAUUGUCCCUGGGAUCGCAGUCACUGAAAUGUUUUAUUAGCUGCCAGAAAUGUUUUAAUUUAAUUAUAUGUGAUGGAACCAUUCCUGAACCUCUUGUUGCUUCCUUCAUUUUAAAAAGAUUUAUAUUUUACCUAAGGAGAUUUAUUAUCAAUUUAAAGUUUCAUAAAUUUUCAGUGACCCCAAAAAAUUUUGUAGAGAAAAUAGUAUCAACAAAUAUGUUGUGAGAAAAAAAUCUUUGUAAUUCUAAUUCUGCCAGUUAAUUGUGAACUGAAAUGUCACUAGAAAGCAGUCUCAAAGUUAUUAUUUAUGUUAUCUAAAGGACAUCUUUUCAUUUUAGUAAUAUUUUAUGAGGAGUUAAGGUGAUAUUUGAAAAUAAAGGUUAAAAUCUAUAUCUUACCUUGUUAUGGAAAGUGAUUAAAUAAUGCCAAACUAUGCAGGUUAUUUUGGAUGUCUUCUCUUGGGCGUGUUCCAGUGCUGGACAUUGGAAAGCAUUGGUGGUGGGCACAUGACUCAGAUUCCAGAUAUUAUGUAACGAUAUGUAUAGCAUGGAAAACCUUCUCUCUCACUACAGCUUUACUGAGAUCUGCUUUUAACCAGCCAGCUGCCUAU